GGAAUGAAUCUAUGUCUUCUGCUAACUCUCUCUUUUUACUUCCCCUCAGCGAUGUGGGACAAUCAACAAUCUCAUCCUCUAAUAGUUUUUACCAUGGUGGAUUGGAAGAGGACUUAAAUGCUGGCCACAGUGAAGUAAUAAUUCAAUAAGUUUUCUGAUUUAACCAAGGACCAACGUGCAUUCGAAUCUUUUAUCAGGUUAGAAUUUGAGUUCCGUUUUUAUAGCCGUAUUUCGAAGGUUUGGGUGGCAGAGGGAUUGAGGCAGAGGAGAGCCAUGGUGAAGUUCUUGUGGGUUGGCAUUGUGGCAGCACUUGUUUCCAGAGUUCGGGCUGAUGGGUUUGUGGAGAACAGUAUCAAUGAGGCGGUGCCGCCUUUGUGGGAGGAGACCUAUGGAAGCUCCAAGGCUGCAAAUGACAUAUUGAUGGUAGGGCUAACCCUCGUCGAAGGAGCUGCUGCUAAAGGAGCAGUAUGCUUGGAUGGAACAGUUCCAGCGUAUCAUUUGCACCGCGGAUAUGGAUCGGGGGUGAAUAGUUGGCUCAUUAAGUUUCAGGGAGGAGCAUGGUGUAAUGAUACCAGAAGCUGCUCUGACCGCAAACUUACACCAUUUGGAUCAUCAACGCGCAUGGAAACAAAGAUGCCAUUUUCUGGAAUACUAAGCAAUCAAUCUGAACAAAAUCCUGAGUUUUUCAACUGGAAUAGAGUACUGCUUCGCUAUUGUGACGGCGCUUCAUUUUCUGGGGACAGCGAAAAUAAGAAAGAACAUCUGCAAUAUAGGGGACAGCGGAUAUGGUUGUCUGCAAUGGAAGAUUUGAUGUCAAAGGGCAUGUGCGACGCCAAUCAGGCUCUUCUUUUUGGUUGCUCUUCCGGCGGUCUGUCAUCUAUUCUGCACUGUGAUGAAUUUCGGGGCUUAUUUCCCACAACUACAAAAGUGAAGUGCUUGAGUGAUGGUGGAUUUUUUAUUGACGCAGUUGACAUCUCCGGUGGACACACACUCAGGAAUAUUUAUACCGGUGUUGUAAGCUUGCAGGGGGUGCGAGAAAAUCUGCCGCGAUUCUGUACUAGUCACCUUGACCCUACUUCGGUAAUCAAUUUUUUUCCUCUUGCAGUUUUCAAUUUGAAGAUAGGUGGUAGCAUAAUAAGUUGUGCACUACUUCUUGCCUUGCAGUGCUUCUUUCCUGAGAACUUAAUCGCGAACAUUACAACCCCACUCUUUAUACUCAAUUCAGCAUAUGAUUCAUGGCAGAUCUAUAACAGUUUAGCUCCACCAUCAGCAGAUCCCCAUGGUGAGUGGAACAGUUGCAGAUUAAACCUUGCAAGUUGUUCAGCAUCACAGAUGCAAAUUCUGCAAGGAUUCAGGAAUCAAAUGCUGAAUGCAGUAAAACAAUUUUCGGUGUCUAAUCAAACUGGGAUGUUCAUAAAUUCGUGUUUUGCGCACUGUCAAACGGGGCAAAGUGAAUGGUUUUCACAUGAUUCUCCAGCUGUUGGAAACAAGACAAUUGCAGAAGCUGUCGGAGAUUGGUAUUUUGAUCGAGCGGAGGUUAAGGUUGUUGAUGAAACUUGCCGCCAUCUGGCUUUCGAAUGAGCAUUGUUUGAUCGAUUAUUUACAUGGUAAUUGUAUCGUGUUGUCUGCACUAUAAUACUAUCCCUUCUGCUUAAUGAAAUAACUAAUAACCGAAAUCAAUAGAAUUCUAUUAUCAAAGUUCAAAAAACAAAUGAAUGAAUUGAAUAGAAAACGGUAAAACAUAUGACUAAGGAGAAUGCCAACGCAUUGUUCAACGAGCGCCUGCAGAUGAUUGAAGAAUAUUCUCAUUCUUCCAUGGUGAGAAUAAUGAUUAGUGUGGUGAUACCUGAUUCCUUGUCUCCAACACAGUCAAUCUCCGAUCAUGGUCUGGACACAAUUUCCCCCUACUCUACGGGGCACAAAAUUCAAGCAGUGUACCUGGAAGUAUGAUGAUAUUUAUCGUUGGAUGCGUAUACAUGGCCGUUGUCAUGUAGUUCAUGUACUUGUUUCAGGGGUGAUUUGUAUUUUUACAUAACCAUAAUCCAUAUAUGUAUUUUGUAUACCAAAUGUAUAGAGAAAAUGGGGCCAAUUCUUAAACA